CUCAUCUAUAUUCUAGCACUGCGCAGCGCACCGCGCCCACAUUCAUUACCCUUCCUCCGAUCCUUGAUUUUGUCAUUGCGAAGCUUCGCCCGAGGCACAGACGAAAACACCUACAUACAUGUCCGAUAUAUCGACCUUCGCCGAAUGGGAAGCGCAACACCCAGAUGAGAGCACCGGCGGGGUGGGAAGUGUAAAGGAACGAGAACAAAAAGACAUGACCGGGCCAGCUCGAAUCUGGCAGGAUCGGGACAGCUCGAACGAUCCGCGCAGCUCUGCUUCUCCCUCCAAUCUCUCGGACGCGAACGAGAGCCCGGGGGGAGUGAAGCUCGAAGCAGCUACACUAGACACGACAAUGGACGGGAUCGAGCCCCCGAGCUCGACGGCACCAGCGCCGAGUCUGACGCAGAAUGGUGAUGCCACGCAGCCUCCUCAAUGGCGCCCCGAGGAUUUCAUCCCCCCGCCAUCGAGCCAACCGCGGCCUGCGAGCGAAGACGAAGAUACCGAGGACGAGGAAGAGGAUGUAUUCGAGAGCUUUGAUGUCGAGGCCGACGCGAAGGAGUUCUUACAGGAGAUGCUGGGGCAGGCGCCUCCCGACGAGCUGGAAAUGCUCCGCAAGGCGCGGGACGAUACAGGUCCGGAUGUGGAUAAGCCCAUCAGGGACUUCGCCAGGUCGCACCCGUUCUUCAGUCAGACCAAGGCGGAGUUAGAUACGGAUGGGCUAGUGCAGUUCCAGCAGGAUGUGUAUGCGUUCUCGCGGGCGGCUGGGAUGGGCAAGCAGAAGGCCAGGGUGGACGCUAUGAUGGCGGUGGCGGCGUGGAAGAGCGCUAGGGGUCUAGCAGGUGGGAUGCAGUUGGAUGAGCUCCAGACGGGGUCGGAAUCUGAGCUGGAGGUUAGGUAUCAACAGGUACCGAAACUGAUGGCUGCAGAGGAUUACUAUUGGGGUGAAGGGAAAGGGAAGAAAAAGAAGAAGAAGAACAAGAACAAGAAGAAUAAGACCGGUGCCGAGCAAGCUUCCACCCAGAAUGAGGCUGCAGCUGAAGUAGAGGCCAUUCCUUCAACUGGUGAGAAGAGGAAACGAGAUACCUUGGAGGAUACUACGACACCUCAAGUUGAAGCUGAUGGUUCCAAGCCAGCAACCAAGAAGGCAAAGAGGGACGCAAAGAAGGCCAGGGAGAGAGCAAGGAAGCUAGAGGAGGCAAAACAGGCAAAUGGCAAUGCCAAUACAAAUGCCACAACACCGAUGUCAGUCGAUGGUGGAACUCCUGAGACGUCGAAAGCUCCAGACAGUACUGCUACCCUCGAGCACACAGUAUCACCUCCACAGCAGAGCCAGCGAGUAGAGCCGAAGAGGAAAAGGUCAAAACCAGGUCCAACGACAUCUGCCUACUUUACAAAACCCGGGGAUCCUCCUAUCAAACAAGAGCAUUCUGAGACAGUGGAAGAUGCUUCAACAGAUGGCCAUCAGUCUUCGGGUCUUGGCAAGCGGGCUCGUCGAAGAAAAUUGAAGAAGGCAGCUUUGAAAGGAGUAGAAUCAGAGAAAGCUGAUUCAAAUGUUAAUGCCUCCCAGCCUGACCAACCUACGGUUAACCCCCCUGAGCCCGUUGAGGGCAUGGCGAUGGAUAUAGAGACCGAUAAUAAGCGUCCAGAGUCACAACACACGGCGAUAGAGGAAGCUAAGAAGGCAGUCACAGUUGGUGAUGCUGAAAUCGAGGACGAAGCUACCACUUCCGCCAAGAAACACAAGCGGAAACGGAAGAGGAACCACAAUAAGCUUCCUGAAGAUCAAGUUGUAUCUUCUGAGGUAGAUCCUAGUGAACAGUCUAAGAGUCACGGUCAACAGAAGCGGGAUUCACAUAAAUCGCCUCCCACAUCUCAGGAGAAACGUCCCCGCAGUCAAAGCUCUGUGUCCAAUGCCACCAACGGCCCAUCGUCGGAGAGACGUAAUGGUCUGAACAGCAAUCCCAAAGAUAAAGCCUCGCAGAAUGAAGUCGAAACAACAGGUCUAGUCCCCGCGGAACCCCUGACAGAGCUGAACAACACCAAUGGCAACAGCCAAAAACUCAAGCGGCGUGCCCGCGGACGUAAACGCACAUCAACGACAGAGCAGGAUGCUGCCGAAUCGCAAGAGCAGGCUUGCGACGGACGACGCUCCUACGAUAGAAGCUAGCAGCUCUAUUUCUGAGAGGGAGAUAUCAAGGGAGAGAUCGAUAUCAAGGAGCAAGUCUGCGACAGCGUCAUCACAAAAGAGAGAUUCGAAAGGGAGGUUUAUUAUUGAGCAUGUCGCCGCAGAAAUAUCCCGCAUUGCCCUUG